GCCACCGCCGCUCUGCUACUCUCCCCUCGCCAGCGACCGAGGGCGCGAAUCCACCGCAGAGAGCACCCCCAUCAGCACCCCUGUUGAGCCGUCUGUCGCAGAACCCUACCCGCUGCUCUUCUCGUGGCAUCGCAAGCCCCACGAGCUUGUUCCUUGCGACCUGCAGCUCGAGCCCGACCUGCUGUUCGAAGACACGGGCGACUGCAGCUUUCCGCUGUUCCCUAGCAGCCCCCCGCCCCAGCCCAAGCACACGCACCUGCGAGACAUGGCACAAGCAGCCUCGCCUAUCGACAUCGCGACGCCCCCGCGCUUCGGGUCCAAUUCCCCGCAGAACCAGACGUCCAACCUGACGUCGGCCCUGCGCGAGGCCGGCGCGAGUCGCAACACCGACACGCCCUCGAUCCAGCAAAAUGGCCACGAGUUCCAGCGUCCGAGCCUCGGUGCCCGCAAUGACUCCAUCAACGGCUUGGGUGGCUCCUUCUACGGCAGCGGCGCCCGCCCCAUUUCGAUGAAGGACCGGCCACGCCGCGAGAGCAACGCCAUGAACAGCCUCGUCAACGGCCUCAGCUGGGGCGGCGUGUCUGUCGGCUCAUGGAUCCGCGAUGACAUCCUCAUGACCGGAACCUCGCCCGCCGCAUUCAACAACCAGUCGCCUUCUUACCACUCAUCGUCGUACCUCCCUAAACUAGAAGCCAACUUCAUGAAGGACUUCGCCUGCUGCGGCCUGACGCUCGCCUCGCUGCACGACCUGCUACAACAUUUCGAAGAGGUACACGCCGGUGCACCGCCUUCGCGCACCUCGCAGGCAGGCCAGGGUGGCCUCCCGCCCUCCACGGGUGCCUCGAGUGCCGGUAUCACGCCAGGUCAGACGCAGACACAAGGCGAGCCAGCCACGAACACCCAGUUCGGCUUCCAUCCUCGGUCGGGCUCAGUCGGCGGCUUCCGGGCCCAGCGGCUAGGCUCGGAUGGCUUCAGCCGAACCAAUCUGUCCACGGUGCAAGACAUGGACGACAACAUGGACAUGGACAUGGAUGACAUAGGCAACGGCCUUGACACUAUCGAAGAGGGACCCAACGGCUUCUCCAGUCAGCAGCCACAAUUUAAUCAAAACCAGGCCAAUCUGCAGCCACUGAACAUCAACAUGGCAAACACCAUGCAGAACCACCAGGGCCUGCGGACAUCGAACCCUUCCACUCCCUCUGCCUCGCAACAGUUUAACCUCCCCAACAACCCUACCGUCUCUUCGGUCAACACGCCUACGCUCGGCACCGUUCCUAUGACGCACAACCUCACUUCUCCUGAGUCUUCACAUCCCAGCACGCCGGCCGAGCUAGACAUGGACUUCAUCAACGGCUUCAACCAGCCAAUGAUGGGUAUACCAGGCAUGGACAUGGGUUUCGGCAACACCGGCUUUAACACUGGCAUGCCCGGUUUCGACGGCACCAUCGACCAGCCUGGAAAGCGCCUCUUCAGCAAGCAGGGCUCUGGUCUAAGCCAGCAGCAACUGCAGGCGGCUUUCAAGAACUACCAGAUGAGCAACGGCGACCAGACCGAUCUAGCGAAGAGGCUGCGGGAACAGGCUCUCAUGAACGGAGCCAACGUACCCCAAUUCCCGUUCCCCGAAGAGGUGAAGCCCUUUAGGUGCCCAGUCAUCGGCUGCGAGAAGGCGUACAAGAACCAGAAUGGUCUCAAGUACCACAAACAGCACGGCCAUCAGAACCAGCAGUUGAAGGAAAAUGAGGACGGCACUUUCUCCAUUGUCGACCCGCUUACUUCGAUACCAUAUCCCGGCACUGUCGGCAUGGAGAAGGAGAAGCCAUACCGAUGCGAGAUGUGUGGCAAGCGGUACAAGAACCUCAACGGCCUCAAGUACCACCGCGCCCACUCGCCAAAGUGCAACCCUGAGCUUUUGGGUGCCCAGUUCAGCCAACUGCCUGCCCUGCAGGGCCUGAAUGUAGGUGCCAACGUCGCCGGCGCUGGCAUGACAGGCAUGGACAACUCCAUGUUUUAGUCCUGGACUGCAGCAAUAUCUUCUACAGCAUUGCGUACCAUCCUACUU